UCGUAUGAGGGUCGUCUGUUUAUUCUGUGAAUGACGAAGUAAAAAUGAUGUUGUAUACGGCUUGCGCUGUAAUUAUUUUUGCUUCGGUUUGCAAUGCAUUGUUACUUCAGAAUUCGUCGUCUGGAAUCAACACGUUCAAGAAUGCAAUGCUUAAUGCUGCUAAAACACUUUGCCCGCUGUCAAACAUAUGUGGAAAUAAUAAUUUAAGUGACGUCAACAAAGCCGAGACAGGAAAAAUCUCUUGUUGUGAGGAUUGCUCUUGUGAUGCGGACUGCUCGAAGCAUGGGGAUUGUUGCUUUCCAACUGAAGCUGAAAAAACCGCAUUACGUAAUCAAAGAAAAUACCAGGAAUGUAUUGGUCCUCAUACCUUGAACCUCCUUGCAUCUGAAUACACCAAGUAUAGAUUCUACUACAUGACAACUUCAUGUCCCGAUGAGGAAAAUUCUGGUCAAAAUAACACAAAUAACUGUGGAAACGCUCAUGUUGCACCAUGGGGAAGCCUUUUUCCAAUUUAUUUCGAAUCAACAGGGAAAAUUUAUAAAAAUAGCGCAUGUGCGGAUUGUCAUGGAGUUCGUGAUGGUGUUGCAUGGUUGGCUCAAAUGAAUUGCGAAGCACGGGACAAAAGCCAUACUCGUUAUAUCUCUGUAACUGAAAAUUUCAAUUCAUUCUCUUACAACUCGUUUUCGGAAUACUGCAAUAUUUAUUUCACUUUCAGGCAAACAUUAGAUACAGAAAUAUGUUUUCCUGAUAUCAUUGAUACAUGCAACAAAACAGAAACAUCUACCCCUGCAAUGUCCGCAAUGACAACGGAUGACGUUAUUGAAGCUUGUACUAGUGGAAUUGCUGCACCGUUUCAUUUCGACCGUACAUAUGCCAACGUGUUCUGUUUUCUAUGCAAUGGUGGUGAAAGUUUCAUGGCUGAAUACUGCUUUUCUUUCAACUCGCAAUCAUUUGGACCGCCUAUAAAUGACAGGACAUUUACAUGUUUGCUAGAUACAGGAGCCCUUACCAGUUUUACAGAUAUAACCGUUAAAAAGAGCACAUAUUGGCCAAUAGCAUGUAUGAAUCCAACUUCAAAGAGUCAGGUACAUGAUACGUGCGUGAAUAUCCAGUGUCCGUCGGGUCAAAUAUAUGACAUCAACUUCAAGUGUUUUCAUCCGGCACUGACAUGGCUAAUUCCAUAUCACAUUGCCCUUCGUCUGAAGUUCGACUCCGAUAUGAUGAAUAUGUCCACUUUGAUGACAUUACUGCAAAGCGGAAGUGACGUAAGUUCUUGGAUGUACUGCCCUUUGCCUAAGAGGUGGGCGGUACAUUCUUUGUUUUACGAAUUGGAAGUAGGAAGCAACCAGAGGCAAUAUAUAGGAAGUUUCAUCAUAUUCCUAACACUGCAUCACAAGGGAAAGAAACAUCAUUCAGUGCUCAAUGAGGUUAAACAUUAUAUGAAAAAAUCAUGGAAAAUAAUGGGCCUGCAAGCAGAAAUGUCCCUUACUUCACAUUUCUUAGAAUAUAAGGCCCUUAUGCCGUCGACAAUCAAUAAUCAAAUAGUUCCUAAAUGGUACGAUUUUGCAACCCGAAAUCAGUUCCCCGGGAAGAUCCCAUACUUUCGACAAAAUUCAAUAUUCCAAAUUAUAACCUCAAAAGAAAUUACAUCGGAAUUUGGGAGAAUUAACAAAAUGAAUUUCUGUAAAAUGAUAUCCCUUGGAUUCAAUGGUUCAGAUUAUAGUCUCUUAGCAGGUAAUACGCUACUCUCUUACAAUGAUGUCAUCUACUUUGACGGUGAAUUUGAAGUGAUCAGCAACAUUGAUGGUACUUUGGAACCAAGAAUAUGCUUAGGUGACAGCCCGUUUAUAGAACAACCACCGGAAGUAUCAUCGUCUACAAAGACUUCACUUAGUUUUAUGUUUUCGCUGCUUUCAGCAGUGUUCGCCAAUAUUGAUUUAUUUUAGAAGUGUUUGUUAGAUAAUUUAGUAUUACUGCACCGAUAUGUAAUUUGGUACUCCUGUACCUUUGCGUGAAUUUCAAAUUCUGUCUAGUGUGUAACGCUAGUAACACGUGUAACGUUUGCGCAUCUUUUGGUUUAUGUGAUAUCUUUAUUAACCGCUUUCUAAGUAUCAAAACUUCCCAAAUCU